GUAAACUAAAGAAAGUAAAAAGUCUUAACUUCAUGCCAGUCUGUAAAAUCAUAAUGUUAAUUUUUUUUCAAAAUACCAAUGGCUGAUUCGUUUUUUGAUUUUGAUGUUUCAUUAAAAAAUGGUGAACAUUUGUUACCACCUGAUGAUGAUGAGCUUUUAGAGAAUGAAGAUGAAUAUGAUGCUCUUAAUGACGAGACUUUUGGGGCAGGAUUGGAAGAAGAUUGGGAACAGCAGCACGAACAAUAUGCUGAACUAACGGAAAUCACCAAACAAAAUGAACAAAUAGAAAAUUCCAUUUCCCAGCUAGUCCUAGACGACGACCUUUCAGAUAACUAUAGCUUAAACAAAAAUUCUGUUUGGGCCUAUACACCACCAAAUAAAAAUGGCGAUGGCAGUUAUAACAAUUCAAAUUCCAUUUUGUCUUCACUUAAUAAAGCAUCCAAGUCCUUUAUUGACUAUCAUAGAGAGCCCUUGCUAAACAAUAGUAGUAGCAAUAAGAUUUGCACUGUAGAGGAGUUGGAAAAGAAUUUGAUUAAAACUAACGCCCUUAAAAAUGUCGCUCAGCUUCAGCAGCAGCAACAGCUUCGAAAUGCUCCCGGGGGGCUCAUUCCUGGCCAGUUUUACCCCAACAUGCAGUCUUCGCUGCCCAAUCAGCAGCGCCCCCCACCGGGGCUGCCGCCGAUGUCGAUGCCCCCUCCGGGGAUGCGACCGCCGUUGGGCGGCCCCCAGCAGCCCCCCAUGCCCCCCCACAUGAACCAUCAGAUGCACAAUGUGCCUCCGGGGAUGAUGGGCAGGAUGGGGGGGCCUCCAGCAGGACCUUUCAUGGGACCCAACGGCCAGAUCAUGCCCAGGCAUCCGCCGCCUGGUUUGGUGUACCCGCCUCCGGGGACUUUUCCUGUAAACCAUCCGUUCAACUUUCCCCCGCCGGGCGCCCGCCCCCCUCCGCCGCACCCCAACCAACAACAGCAACAACCGCCCUUCUUACCGCCCAACCACCCCCUGCACCAGCUUCAGCAGCAACAUCAGCAACAGCUGCACCGCGAGAUGCAGAUGCAGCAGCAGCAGCAGCAACAGCAUCACCUGCAACACAGGCAGCGCCACGACAGUGGAAAUUACAACAACAACAACAACAAUAACAACAGGCAUAGAACCGAUUCCCCCGUAAAAGACGAAUACGCGGGUCUGAUGACCAACAGGGAGAAACAGUGGCUGCUUAACAUACAAAUCUUGCAGCUGAAUACCGGAACUCCAUACUUUGACGACUACUAUUACACGGUGUUCAAAGAACGCAAGGCCAAAAAUCAGGAGCAAUUGGCGCAGCAAUCGAUGGAAAGAGGCCGUUACAACAGGCAACAGCGCCAAAAUGACAGGCAGGAAAAUCAGACGUUGACGCCGCGUGUGUACACGCCUUUGCAGUUCGAAAACUCCCUGGGAAAAUUACAGUGUGGUUCUGUCACUGCCCCGAGAAAAAUCAUAGACAUGGAUAUAGUAACGCCGGAAAAAGAUGGCGACAGUCCGCAAGUUUCCAGAGAUACCAGAAAAACGAAGCAACUGCUGCUGGAACUCGAGGCCCUCUACAGUCUGUUGCUCAAAGCCGAAGAUUUAACCAAUCCGUUGGCCAUAAGCAACAUGGAAAAGUUACGGGAGAUAAGGCAAAAGCAGAGAUUACGAGAGUUGGAACUGGCCCCCACUCCCGAACAAAAGCAGGAAAUUUUGCAGAUAUUCAAGAAAGAAAGCGAGCCCAUUGUGGAAAAUCAAAUCGAUUAUAUUAUUAAAAUUGCGAAUGGUCUUUUGCACGAGGAAAAGUUGACGAGCUUUCUUAAUAUCAGGAAGGGAAAGAUGCUUUUAUUAAGAACGUUGCCACAUUUAACAGCCGACCUUUUUUCGCAACAACUAUUGGAAAUUUGGACUAAAGUUUUGUGUAGUUUGCCUAUUACUGGCAGAAGGGAUACCGCAGGGGACAAUAUUUUACCGAAAUUGCAUCCCCAUUUUAAAAAAUAUAUAAGAAACUCACAAAUGUCCGACAUCCUAGAAAUAGUGACCGGUCUAGUUGAAGUGAUUAGACAAGAAAACAGUAGAAGCACGCCUUUAAGCCACCAGGGGAAACCCCCGCUAUAUUUCGUGCUGCUAAACAAGUUCGGCGUCUCCUCCCUGGUCACGAUGCUCCUGCGCACCGAGUACCUCAUAUCCACGGAGGCCGCGACGGAAAAGCAGCAACUGGAUUGGUCGAACUUCCUGGGCUGGAACGACGUUGGUUUCCAUGGUUCGAACCAAAUUCCCACACCGAACAUAGACGCUUUGGCUUACAAUGGAGUGGUUAUGAACAGAUACUACACCCAACACAUAUGUACGCCAUCUAGGGCCGCCCUACUCACCGGAAAUUACCCCAUCAGAUCUGCCAUGCAGGGUUACCCCUUGAAACCUGGAGAAAACAGAUCCAUACCCACUGAAAUGAGUGUAUUGCCAGAAAGACUCAAAGAGUUAGGUUAUAAAACUCACUUGGUGGGAAAAUGGCAUGUCGGAUUUUCAUACAAAAAAUAUACACCAAACGAGAGAGGUUUUGACACAUUUUUUGGAUACUGGAAUGGAUUCAUCAGUUAUGUUAACUAUAAUAUGCAAUAUUACAAUGAGGUUGGUAACGACGGUUUUGACUUGCACGAAAACACGGCCUACGCUAAAAACUACGAAGGAACAUACGCAACAAAUUUAUUCACGGACAAAAGUUUAGAAAUAAUUGACAAUCACGAUACAAAUGAGCCUCUUUUUCUGAUGAUAUCCCAUUUGGCACCUCAUGCGGGAAAUGAGGACAACAUGAACGCCCUAACGACUCCAGAUUUGGAUGAGACCAAUAAAAAAUUCGGUUAUGUGGAAGAUCCAAGAAGAAGAAAUUACACUGAUAUUGUAUAUCAACUAGACAAAUCCAUAGGCAGAGUUGUAGAAAAGCUAUCAGAAAAAAAAAUAUUGGAGAAUUCCAUAAUCAUAUAUUCCAAUGACAAUGGGGCUCAAACCAGUGGAGAUUUUCAUAUGAAUUCUGGAUCAAAUUGGCCAUUAAGAGGGCAAAAAUUCACACUUUUUGAGGGAUCGGUGCGUGGCACAUGCGCAGUAUACAGCCCCUUAAUAAAAAACGCCCCGUAUGUUAACGAAAAUUUAAUGCAUAUAUCGGAUUGGUUGCCUACCCUAUACGAAGCUGCAGGUGGGGAUAUGUCGAAAUUGGGCAUUUUGGAUGGCAUAAGCCAGUGGGACAAUAUACUAAACAACAAAGCAUCUAGGAAUGAAUUAUUAGUAAAUAUUGACGAACGAUUGAAAUAUUCUGCCUAUAUUGAUUAUUCUGGACAAUAUAAACUUGUUAAUAGUUCCUACCAAAGACCAGACGGUUCAAAUGUAUAUGAUGUCUAUGCGGGCGAUACAGGCAGGGGUGCCAACAAUCCAAAAUAUAACAUAAGUGAAAUUUUAGAAAGCCCUACAAACUUGGCUAUAAGUAAAAUAACCGCGAAAACAAUCACCAAACAAAACAUUAUCGACGCAAGAACAAAUCUUGAUAUAAGUGGCAGAUGUAGACAAAAUAUAAGCAACAAGAUGAUUGAUUGCAAAGAAAAAAUGUGCCUUUUUGAUCUUUUCGACGAUCCCUGCGAAACAACCAAUAUCAUAGACGAAUUUCCGGAAAUUGGGAAAAAAAUAUCAAUAAAAAUGCAAGAUUAUUAUAACGUUUUAGUGCCACAAAAACCGAAUGUCGACGACCAAACUUCCAACCCAAAAUUAUGUGAUGGGUAUUAUUUCUCGUGGCUUGAAGAGGACGCGUGUCCAUUUAAAAAAAGCGGUGGUGACACCCUAUACAGUUACACCAUGAUAUCAACUGCCUUAGUUUUAAGUUUAACUUUAAGUUUAUAUUAUUUUUAAGCAUUAAAUAAGGGUAAAAAAUC